AUGCAAAGGAUAACUAAUUCUCCAAAUUCUUGGAGAUUUUUCAAGAAAUUACAGAUUAACAUUCCCUUUGCUGAAGCAUUUGAGCAAAUGUCGCUCAAUGCUAAGUUUCUCAAGGAGUUAAUGACUAAGAAGAGAAGUUGGAGAAAUGAUGAAACUGUGGUGUUAACUGAGGAAUGCAGCGCCAUCAUCCAACAUAAAUUGCCUCAGAAAUUGAAGGACCCAGAAAGCUUCCAAAUUCCUUGUAUCAUAGGAGAAAUCACAGUCGAGAAUUCCUUAUGUGAUUUGGGAGCCAGCAUAAAUUUGAUGUCCUUAGCAAUGAUGAAAAGAAUGAAGAUUGAAGAAGUAAAACCAGCAAGACUGGCACUCCAAUUAGCAGACCGAUCAUUCAAAUUCCCUCAUGGAGUAAUGGAGGAUUUGUUGGUAAAGGUGGGAGACUUCAUCUUCCCGGCUAACCUUAUGGUGCUAGAUAUAGAGGAAGAAGCCAAAGCUUCAAUAAUUUUGGGAAGGCCAUUUUUAGCAACUGCUGGAGCCAUAAUUGAUGUCCAAAAGGGUGAACUCACCCUUAGACUACAUGAUGAGAAGAUGGUGUUCAAUGUGUUCAAGGCCAUGAGUUACCCGUAG